CCGCAGUCUCGCGCGGCGGGAUGGCGCCCGGCCGGGCUCCGUGGCCGCUGCUGCCGCUGCUCGCGCUGCUGCUCGCGCUUCUGCUGGCGUCGCCGGCCCAGGCCGAACUGCUCCCGCCCUUCUUGGACGUGGCCAAGGUGGCUCGGAUUUGGGCCACCGCCACCUGCGGGGAGCCGGACCCGGAGAGGCCCCAGCCGGACCCGGGCAGGCUCGAGCCCGCGCUCUACUGCAAGCUGGGGGGUCCCUCCUCCCGCCCCGGCAAAGGCCUAAUUCUCCAGGGCCAGUUCUGUGACAUCUGUAAUUCCAGCGACCCGGAGAAGGCGCAUCCAGCCACCAACGCGAUUGAUGGCACCAAUCGUUGGUGGCAAAGCCCUCCUCUCUCCUUGGGCAAGAAGUACAGCCAGGUCAACCUCACCUUGGAUCUGGGUCAGGUCUUCCGUGUGGCCUUUGUUUUCAUCAAAUUUGCAAAUUCUCCUCGCCCAUAUCGUUGGGUCUUGGAAAGGUCUGUAGACUUUGGAAGCACCUACACACCAUGGCAAUAUUUUGCUGCAUCUUCAGAAGACUGUAUGGAACACUUUGGGAAGGUGGCAGAUGAACCUCUCACCAGGGACGAUGAUGUACCCUGUGUCACGAGAUAUUCCAGGAAUAUACCUUUGGAAGAUGGAGAGAUUAAGGUGUCCUUGAUCCUCAACCGUCCAAGUACAAAAACUUCAAGUUUCUCAAAUACCUUGAGGGAGUUUAUGCAGGCAACAAACAUUCGUCUGCGUUUUCUCCAACCCAACAGCUUUUUCGGCUAUCACAUCUCCGGAUAUUUGAGGGAUCAAAGCCUCACUCGGCGGUAUUACUACAGCGUAAAGGAUAUCAGCAUUGGUGGGUGGUGUUCUUGCAAUGGCCAUGCUGAAGAGUGCAACACAAACAAUCCCCAAAAACGGUACCAGUGUGAAUGCCAGCACAACACUUGUGGGGAGACAUGCAAUACCUGCUGUCCUGGGUUCAAUCAGAAGCCCUGGCAGCCAGCAACAUCACAGCAAAGCAAUGAGUGUGAAGCCUGCAAUUGCCAUGGCCAUGCCACAGACUGUUACUAUGAUCCAAAUGUUGAAGACCAGCAUAAAAGCUUGAAGACCAAAGGCAUCCAUACAGGUGGAGUGGUCUGCAUCAAUUGUCAGCACAACACGGCAGGUGUGAACUGUGAGGAGUGUGCUGAGGGUUAUUAUCGCCCUAAUGGGGUUCAAGUUAAUGACACCUAUGGCUGCACCCCUUGCCAGUGUGAGGCUGGACGCUCAGAUGGCUGUGAACGGGGCUCUGGCCUCUGUCGCUGCAAGCCGAAUUUCCACGGAGACUACUGUGAGAAGUGUGCGGCUGGAUACUAUAACUUCCCGGUUUGUUCUAGAACUCCCAUUUUUCCAAUUUCUACUCCAAGUCCAGAAGAUCCAAGAGCUGGAAAAGCAAAAGAGUGUGACUGUAACUUGCAAGGUGUCCUCCCAAGAGUAUGUGACAACCAGAGAAGGUGCCUGUGCCGCCCGGGAGUGGAGGGCCCCCGAUGUGACACUUGUAGCAUGGGCUUCUACUCUUUCCCUCUUUGCCAAGCCUGCCAGUGUUCAGCCCUGGGAUCCUGCUGGACGUCCUGCAACCGGGUGACUGGACAGUGCGAUUGCCUGCCUGGGUUAACGGGACGGCAGUGUGACAGGUGCCUCUCAGGAGCCCCUGACUUCCCCCAGUGCCAAGGUUUCGGUGGAGGUUGUGACCCAGCUGGAACCGCCAGCUUCACAUCGGGGCAUUGCCAAUGCAAGGAUCACGUUGAAGGUUCUACUUGUAAUGUCUGCAAGCCAUUGUAUUGGAAUCUGGCCAAAGAAAACCCCCAUGGGUGUUCAGAGUGCAGGUGUCAUGAGGCGGGAACGCUGAGCCAAAUUGGAGAGUGUGGACAGGGAAAUGGGGCCUGUCUCUGCAAGGCCCAUGUGACUGGAAAUGCCUGUGACACCUGCCCUGAUGGAUAUUUCACUUUGAAAAAGCAAAAUUACUUUGGAUGUGAAGGGUGUCAGUGUGACGUUGGUGGGGCACUCACUCCCACGUGCAGUGAGCCCCACGGGGUGUGCAAGUGCCGGAAGCACGUGGUGGGGAAGACAUGCCAGAGGGCUGAAAGGAACUACUAUUUCCCAGAUUUACAUCACAUGAAGUAUGAAAUUGAAGAUGGCAUUGUACCUAAUGGCAAGAUCCUUCGGUUUGGAUUUGAUUACCAGGAAUUUCCUAGGUUCAGCUGGCGAGGCUAUGCCCAAAUGACUGCACUACAGGAUGAAGUAAAGGUGACGUUGGAUGUGGGGAAGGCAGAUCACUCCUUGUUUCAAAUUAUCCUGAGAUAUGUUAACCCUGGAACUGACGCAGUCUCUGGCCAUAUAACUAUUUAUCCAAACUUGACAAAGGAAGGUGUUACUCAAAGCAAAGAGAUCACUUUCCUGCCAAGUAAGCAGCCAGCCUUUGUGACCAUCCCCGGAAAUGGCCCUGCAGAACCGUUCUCAAUGACACCGGGGACGUGGGUUGCUUUUAUCAAGGCCAAAGGAAUCCUCCUGGAUUACCUGGUGCUGCUCCCCAGGGACUACUAUGAAGCAUCCGCACUUCGGCCCGUCGUCACAGAGCCAUGUGGCUUCCAAGGGAUUCCUCAGAAAAAUUGCUUGCUUUACCAGCAUUUGCCGGUGACCAGAUUCUCCUGUUUUCUGGCUGAGAAAGCCAGUACCCUCCUGCCAAGUAAUAUACAGAAACCCCUGACCCUGAGGAAGCCCAGCCGGGCACACCCUCUCAUGGUGGAUCUCAGCGGACAAGAGGUGGAGCUGCAUCUGCUGCUGCGCGUCCCACAGGCCGGCCACUAUGCCAUCUUGCUGGAGUACACCACCGAGACCAAAAACAUGUUUGUGCUUGAUGUGACUUUGAGGAGCUGGACGGACCUGGCAGGCCGAGUGAACAUAUACAGCUGCAAGUACAGCACCCUCUGUCGGAGCGCCGUGAUUGAUGGCCACAGGCGCAUCGCUGUGUACGAGCUGUCCAGGGACACGAACAUUCAGCUCACGCUGCACGAGGCCCGGUUCCUCCUGUAUCGGAUUUGUGUCAUUCCCAUCGAAGAGUUCUCAGCUGAGUAUCUGAGGCCUCAAGUCCACUGCAUCGCCAGCCACAGGGUGUUUGCUAAUCAGAGCCACACCUGUGUCUCCCAGGCCUACGAGACUCCUCCAACAGCCUUAAUUUUGAAUAUGCCCAAGGGGUAUCUCCUUCCUUCUGCAGACGGUGUUCUUGGAUUCACUUUGCAGGCACCACAGUACCAAGUGACCCUGAGAGGAGUCACACCACAGCAGGGCCCAUACGUCUUCAUCGCCCACUUUUACCAAGCAGCACACCCCCCGUUUCCAGUGCAUGUGUCUGUGGAUGGAGGGAAACGCUGGAUAGGUUCCUUCCAAGCUGCCUUUUGCCCCCAUGUGCUUGGCUGCCAGGAAGAAGUGAUCACCCAAGGCCAGGUUGAGUUUGACAACCCGAAUUCCGAGGUGGCCGUGACCGUGAAGGUUCCCAAAGACAAGUCCUUGGUGCUGGUCCGAGUUCUAGUGGUGUCUGCGGAGAAUUACAACCACCAAAUCAUACUUCAGAAAACAUUCCUGGACAAGUCCCCUGAGUUUAUCACCAAUUGUGGAAAAAACAGCUUUUACCUCAACCCCGAGACAGUCUCUAGGUUCUGUAAGAAUUCCGCCAGGUCGUUGGUGGCCUUUUACCACAACGGCUCCCUGCCUUGUGACUGCCACCCUGCUGGGUCCAUCAGCAGCCACUGCAUCGCCGAGGGCGGGCAGUGUCCAUGCCAGCCCAAUGUCAUUGGGCGGCGGUGUACCCGUUGUGCCUCGGGCUACUACGGAUUCCCAGACUGCAAACCAUGCAACUGUGGCCAGCACCUUUGUGACGAGACAACAGGUCAGUGCCUGUGCCCUCCCAACACCGUCCAGCCCCAGUGUGAGGCCUGUGAGGUCGACUUCUACAGCUUCCACCCCAUGGCCGGCUGUGAAAGCUGCGACUGCUCCCAGAACGGUACCCAUAGCUCCAUGAAGUGUGACCCAGUCACCGGGCAGUGCAGAUGCAGGUUUCCCAGAAUCACAGGGCGGCAAUGUGACCAGUGUACUUCUGGGUUCUACAUGUUCCCUGAGUGUUUGCCCUGCAGCUGCAGCCACGGUGGGACUGAGCCACAAGUGUGUGACAAGGAGACCAAGGCUUGCUUCUGUAAGGAAAAUGUAGAAGGUGAACAAUGUGACAGGUGUCAUGAAGGGUCAUUUCAUUUCGACCCAGCCAAUCCUAAAGGUUGUAGCGAUUGCUUCUGUUUUGGAGUGACUCAUCUUUGUACUGAAACAAAGGGUCUACACGUUAAGUUUAGGGAUAUGAAUGGCUGGCACCUGGAGACGGCAGAUGGUGUCAACAUCUCUGUCGCCUACAACCCAAGCAGCCAAAGUGUGGUUGCAGAUCUCCAAGAGCUGCCCUCAACAGUCCACAAUGUGUCCUGGGUCGCACCUCCAUCCUUCCUGGGGGACAAGGUUACCUCAUAUAGUGGCUACCUCACUUACCAAAUCAAAUCCUUUGGCUUACCUGAGGACAUGGUUCUUCUGGAAAAGGCGCCGGACGUGCAGCUCACCGGUCAACACCUCUCCAUCGUGCAUGAGAACCCUAAUAACCCACAGCCAGACCAGCACCAUAAGGUGGAAUUGCAGUUGAUAGAGGGAAACUUCAGGCAUGUUGGCAGUGGUGCCCCGGUGUCCAGGGAAGAGCUCAUGGUCCUGCUGUCUGGGCUGGAGAGGCUGAGUAUCCGAGGCCUCUACUUCACAGAGACACAGCGGCUCACCCUGAGCUGGGUGGGGCUGGAUGUGCUCAGCCACGAAGGAUCUGAGCCAGCACCUCUCGUGGAGAAGUGUACCUGUCCGCCAGGCUACAUGGGUGACUCUUGUCAGAGUUGCAGCCCUGGAUACUAUCGGGAUUACAGAGGCUUGUAUACUGGACUGUGCAUUCCCUGCAAUUGCCACGGACAUUCAAAUCGAUGCCAGGAUGGUUCCGGAAUCUGUAUUAACUGUCAGCACAGCACAGCCGGGGGGCACUGUGAGCGCUGCAAGGAUGGUCACUACAGGAAUGCUGCCCACGGACCCUGUAGGGCCUGCCCAUGCCCUCACACCAACAGUUUUGCCACCGGCUGUGUUGUGAAUGGCGGAAACGUGCAGUGCGCCUGCAAACUCGGAUACACAGGGGUGCAGUGUGAGAGGUGUGCACCAGGAUAUUUUGGGAAUCCUCAAAAGUUCGGAGGUAGCUGCCAACCUUGCAAUUGUAACGGCAAUGGCCAGUUGGGCUCUUGUCACCCCGUAACUGGAGACUGCAUAAACCAAGAACCCAAAGAUAGCAGCCCUGCAGAAGAAUGUGACGAUUGUGACAGCUGCGUGAUGACGCUCCUGAAUGACCUGGCCACCAUUGGCGAAGAGCUCCACCUGGUCAAGUCUCAACUGCAGGGCUUGAGCACCAGCUUGGGUGCCCUGGAGCAGAUUCAGCACAUGGAGACCCAAGCCAAGGACCUGAGGGUAAAUCCCCCCUGGGGCAGGAGAGAAUAUGAGAGUACUCAGGCUCAAGUAAAUUCCAGAAAAGCACAAACAUUAUAUAAUAAUGUUGACCGGACAAUCCAGAGCACAAAAGAGCUGGACAUGAAGAUUAAAAAUGUCAUCCAGAAUGUGCACAUUCUCUUGAAGCAGAUCUCCGGGACUGGGGGAGGAGGAGACAACUUACCCUCAGGCGGCUUUUCCAGGGAGCUGGCCGAAGCUGAACGCAAGCUGAGGGAAAUGCGGAACCGACACUUGGGGAAGCACCUUCAAGAAGCAGAAGCUGAGGAGAGAGAAGCGCAGCUCUUGCUGAACCGGAUAAAGAGCUGGCUGGAAACCCAGCAGGUGGGGGACAAUGGACUCGCUAAGAAUAUACAAGAGUCUUUAAAUGAUUACGAGGCCAAACUUCAUGACCUGCGUGCCAUGAUCCAGGAGGCAGCUGCCCAGGCAAAGCAGGCUGCUGGCCUCAACCAUGAAAACGAGAGAGCUUUGGGAGCCAUCAAGAGACAGGUGAACGAAAUUAGUUCCCUGCACAGUGAAUUCACCAAGUACCUGAGCAUAGCAGACUCAACUCUGAUACAGACCAACUCUAUGCUGCAGCUAAUGGACAAAAACUGGAAGGAAUAUGAAAACUUAGCAGCCACUUUAAAUGAAGCAAGACAGGAACUAAGUGACAAAGUGAGAGAACUCUCCAGAUCUUCCAGCCAAGAGUCCCUGGUGGUGCAGGCAGAAAAGCACGCACAGUCUUUACAAGAGCUGGCAAAGCAGCUCGAAGAGAUAAAACAAAAUGCCAGUGGGGAUGAGCUGGUACGCCGUGCCGUGGAUGCUGCCACCGCCUAUGAGAACAUCCUCAAUGCCAUCCAAGUAGCUGAGGAUGCAGCCAACAAAGCCACCAGCGCAUCUGAGUCCACCCUUCAGACAGUGAUAAAGGAAGAUCUUCCAAGAAAAGCUAAGACUCUGAGUUCUGACAGUGAUAAACUGUUAAAUGAAGCCAAGAGAACACAGAAGAAGUUACAGCAAGAAAUUAGUCCGGCUCUCAACAACCUACAGCAAGCCUUGAAUAUUAUGAAGGUUCAGAAAGAACUGAUAGACACCAACCUCACUUCCAUCCACAGAGAUCUUCGUGGGAUACAGAGAGGGGACAUUGACAGUACGAUCAGUGGUGCAAAAAGCGUGGUCAAAAAGGCCAGUGACAUCACAAGUGAGGUUCUGGACGGACUCAGCCCCAUUCAGACAGAUUUGGAAAGGAUCAAGGACAACUAUGAGAGCGCACAGAGUGAAGACUUCAACAAAGCUCUAACUGAUGCCGAUAAGUCAGUGAAGAAAUUAACCAAGAAACUGCCUGGUCUCUUGAGCAAGAUUGAAAGUAUCAACCAACAACUGUUGCCCCUGGGAAACAUCUCUGACAAUGUGGACCGAAUUCGGGAACUAAUUCAGCAGGCCAGAGAUGCUGCGAAUAAGGUCGCAGUCCCCAUGAGGUUCAACGGGAAAUCUGGGGUCGAAGUCCGGCUGCCAAGUGACCUGGAAGAUUUGAAAGGCUACACAUCUCUGUCUUUGUUUCUCCAAAGGCCUGACUCAAGAGAAAACGGGGGGACUGAGGACAUGUUUGUGAUGUACCUCGGAAAUAAGAAUGCCUCUGGGGACUAUAUUGGCAUGGCAGUUGUGGAUGGCCAGCUCAGCUGUGUCUACAGCCUAGGCAACCGAGUGGCUGAACUCCAGGUGGAUCAGAUCUUGACUGAGAGUGAGACUCAGGACGCACUUAUGGACCGGGUGAAGUUUCAGAGAAUUUAUCAGUUUGCAAGGCUUAAUUACACUGAAAAAGCCACCUCCACUAGACCCAAAGCGCCCCAAUUCUAUGACACUCAUAGUGGAAGUAGCAACACACUCCUUAACUUGGAUCCGGAAAAUGUUGUGUUUUAUGUUGGAGGUUACCCAACUGAUUUUCAACUUCCCAGUAGACUAAGAUUCCCUCCAUAUAAAGGUUGCAUUGAAUUAGAUGACCUCAAUGAAAAUGUUGUGAGCUUGUACAACUUCAAAAAAACUUUCAAUCUCAACACAACUGAAGUGGAACCUUGUAGACGGAGAAAGGAAGAGUCAGACAAAAAUUAUUUUGAAGGUACAGGCUAUGCUCGAGUUCCAACUCAAGCAAAUGCUUUCUUCCCUACCUUUGGACAGACAAUCCAGACCACCAUGGACAGAGGUUUGCUGUUCUUUGCAGAAAACCAGGAUCACUUCAUAUCCUUAAAUAUAGAAGAUGGCAGUGUCAUGGUGCGAUACAAACUGGACUCAGAGGCACCAAGAGAGAAAGGAAUUAGAGGCACCAUCAACAACGGGAAAGAUCAUUUGAUUCUAAUCAAAAUUGGAAAAAUGCAAAACCUUAUGAGAAUAAAUGUGGAUGAUCAGAAUAUUAGAAUUGAAGGGAAAAUAUUUGAUUUCAGCACAUAUUAUCUGGGCGGAAUUCCAAUUGCAAUCAGGGAAAGGUUUAAUAUUUCUACACCUGCUUUCCGAGGGUGCAUGAAAAAUCUGAAGAAGACCAGCGGUGUCGUGAGGCUGAAUGAUACUGUGGGAGUGACUAAAAAGUGUUCUGAAGACUGGCAGCUUGUGCGGUCUGCCUCGUUCUCCAGGGGAGGACAGCUGAGUUUCAGUAACCUGCACGUGCCGCCCCCUGGCCACUUCCAGGCCUCCUUUGGCUUUCAGACCUUUCAACCCAGUGGUGUGUUGCUACAUCACCAGACUCGGACAAGUAGCCUGCAGGUCACCCUGGAAGAUGGUCACAUUGAACUGAGCACCAAGGAGAGCAACAGCCCAAUUUUUACGUCUCCUCAGACGUACAUGGAUGGGUUACUGCAUUAUGUGUCUGUAAUAAGUGACACCUCCGGCCUCCGGCUUCUCAUUGAUGACCAGCCUCUCCGAAGUGACCAAAAGCUACAAGGCGUUUCAAAUUCCCCACAGUCCCUCCGCCUGGGUGGGAGUGCUUUCGAGGGUUGUAUCAGCAAUGUUUUCUUCCAGAGGUUUAUGGAGAGCCCUGAAGUCCUAGAUUUUACUAAUAAAUCUACCAAGAGAGCUGUGUCCCUGGGAGGCUGCAGUCUGAACAAACCACCUUUCCUAAUGUUACUUAAAGGUUCCACGAGGUUUAACAAGGCCAGGACCUUCAAUAUCAAUGAAAUGUUGCAGGAUGCACCAGCCGCCUCCCCCAGCAGCAUGGAAGUGUGGCGAGACUCAGAGCUUUGCUCACCCCCAGUUGGGGCCCAGAUCAGUCACAGAGCCCUCCAGUUUGGGGACAGUCCCACCAGCCACUUGCUAUUCCAGCUUCCCCAGGAGUUGCUGAAACCCAGGUCAGAGUUUGCUGUGGACAUACACACAACCUCCUCCGGGGGGCUGGUGUUUUACACGGGCGCCAAGAACUCCUUCAUGGCUCUUUACCUGUUGAAAGGACAUCUGGUCUUUGCUUUGGGGGCAGAAGGCAAAAAACUGAGGCUCAAAAGUAAAGAGAAAUACAAUGACGGGAAGUGGCAUACGGUGGUGUUUGGGCAAGAUGGCCGAAGGGGGCACCUGCACAUAGACGGGCUGAAGGCCCGGGAGGGCAGUUUGCCCGGAAAUUCCACCAGCAGCCCCAGAGCACAGGUUUACCUGGGGUGGUCUCCAUCAGGGAAGCCAAAGAAUCUCCCCCAAAACAGCUUUGUGGGAUGCCUGAAGAACUUUCAGUUGUCUUUAAAACCCUUGGAUUCCCCUUUGAUGAACUUUGGGGUGUCUCCUUGCUCAAGUGGCUCUUUGGAGAAAGGCAUUUAUUUCUCCCAAGGAGGAGGUCAUGUCAACCUGGCUAACUCUGUGCUGUUGGGGCCAGAGUUCAAGCUUAUGUUCAGCAUUCGCCCAAGAAGUCUUGUUGGGAUCCUGAUACAUAUUGGAAGUCAACGAGGACAGCACUUAAGUGUUUACAUGGAGGCAGGAAAGGUCACAGCCUCUGUGGACAGCGAGGCGGGCAGGAUAUUGACGUCAGUGACACCAAAGCAGUCUCUGUGUGAUGGACAGUGGCACUCAGUUGCAGUCACCAUCAAACAACACAUCCUGCACCUGGAGCUGGACAAGGACAACAGCUACACAGCAGGGGAACUCACCUUCCCAUCCCACAGCACCCAGGUGUCCCUACACAUUGGCGGUGUCCCAGCCAAUUUGAAGACAUUGAACCUCCCAGUGUGGGGGUCAUUUUUUGGCUGUUUAAAGAAUGUUCAAGUCAACCACAAGCCAGUCCCUAUUUCUGAAGCCAUGGAAAUCCAGGGCUCUGUUCGUCUGAACGGCUGCCCUGAGUACUAACCCGGACCUACCGCACAGGAGGAAACUCACCUGCAUGCCUCCCUCCACAACUCAAAGUCGUGCUUGACUCAAGACACCAUCGGGACGUGCGUACUGAAAAUCUGAUUUUGAACUCUGACCACAUAGACCCAUCAUUUUGGCAUUCAGUGCAACAUAUUAUUUCACACAAAAAUACCAUUUCUUGAAGAAGAUGAACAAAUUGUUAUUCAAAUAUGCACACAAUGCCUUAGAUAAUAUUUGUCACUACAAUUUGUGCCUUUCAUGGAACAUUUUCUCCACUUGUCAAAAAAUAAAUCUCUUUUUAAGCACUUUAAGAAUA